GUGGUGUGUUUGAGCGACCAUGGUCGGUGGAAGAGACCGCUGAUUUGGCUACAACCCCUGCGGAUGUAAACACUGCUGGUGUUAGACUGCAGGUCUUGAGCCAUGUCUGUGCGCACAGUCCUCCUGAACCGCCGUGUAGCUGGAGGCUGCUGCAGGGUGUGGUGUGGUGUUCCUCGACCACUCGUGCACAUCAGAUCAGCCAGUGUAGCUGAGCCAGGCACAAGAAGAUCUGAUGAAGAACACCUCUGGGAAGCAGCGAGCCACAUGCCAUUUUCCAGAGCCAGGAUAGGUUCUUUCUUUCAGGAAAGGUCUGUGCUGAGGAAUCCUUUUCUGGAGGACACCUUGCUCAGAGGAUACCUGGGGAGACACCUACCCCAGGAGGCAGCUCUCUCAGACUUGUGUGGAUUUGGAGAGCGCGUGGUGAAUGAGGUAGACAAGUGGGGCAGAGAGUGUGAGGUUACCCCACCACGGCUGGUACAUUUUGACCCCUGGGGUUGCAGAGUGGACCACAUAGUGACCUCCCCAGCCUGGAAACGCAUGAAAGACCUGUCAGCGCAAGAGGGACUGGUUGCCAUUGGUUAUGAGAGGUCAUUUGGGGAGUGGAGUCGUGUGUACCAAAUGAGCAAGCUGUACAUCUUCUCUCCCUCCUCUGGUCUCUACACCUGUCCUCUGGCCAUGACUGAUGGAGCUGCUAAAGUCAUCCAGUCCAUAGGUGCUUCGUGGCCAGUAGAUGAAGCCUACAGUCGUUUGACCACGCGUCAGCCUGAACGUUUCUGGACAUCUGGACAGUGGAUGACAGAAAGACAGGGAGGAUCUGAUGUGGGCAGCGGCACAGAGACAGUAGCUGUUCCCCAGUCAGAUGGUUCAUAUAAACUUCACGGCUUCAAGUGGUUCACCUCUGCUACAGACGCUGACAUGACUCUCACACUGGCCAGAGUGCAGGACACAACGGGUGCCACCACAACGGGUAGCAGGGGUUUGUCUCUGUUCUAUGCAGAGGUGAGUCGAGAUGAGGGCGGCCGACUGAGGGGUAUAGAGGUUCAAAGACUGAAGGACAAACUGGGCACACGACAGAUGCCAACUGCUGAGCUACUGCUGGAUGGUCUGCCAGCACACAGGCUCUCAGAGGAAGGGAGAGGUGUGGCCUCCAUAGCUAAUAUGCUGACUAUAACCAGGAUCCACAACAGCGUCUCUGCUGCAGCCGCAAUGAGAAGGGUGGUCCAGUUAGCUCGUGACUAUGCCACCCGCCGCAGUGCCUUUGGAAAGCUUCUUAAAGACCACCCACUGCACAUGCAGACUCUCGCUAGGAUGGAGGUGGAGACUCGCGGAGCGUUCCUCCUUGUGAUGGAUGUGUGUCGUCUGUUAGGCCGAGAGGAAAACGGCAUGGCGACCCAGCUUGAUACUCACCUCCUGCGUCUGCUCACUCCUGUGGUCAAACUGUACACUGGGAAGCAGGCGGUGGCUGUAGUGUCGGAGGGUUUGGAAAGCUUUGGUGGACAGGGCUACAUCGAGGAUACCGGGUUGCCUGGACUGCUUCGUGAUGCACAGGUGUUGAGUAUUUGGGAAGGUACAACAAAUGUUCUCUCUCUGGAUGUGCUGCGCUGUGUGGCUCGGAGCUCAGGAAUGGUUCUCCACGCUUACUUCACCCAUGUUAAGUCCCUGCUCGCAGGUGCAUCAAGUGUUUCCUCUUUGGCCCCAGCAGUGAAUACAGUCGACGGUGCUCUCUCUGAACUGCAGAAGUUUGUUCAUGUAGCAGCCACCAGAGCACCCAGCUACCUGGAGCUGGCAGCCAGAGACCUAGCUUACAGCCUGGCUCGCAUCUACACUGGUGCCCUUCUCAUCGACCAUGCUUGUUGGAAAGGAGCCUCUCCAUCUGACACCUAUGCAGCUCUCAGAUGGUGUGAACAGGAUUUGUGUCCUGUGGUGACUAAACAGGCGAAAGGCUGCUAUGAUCCCAGCACUCCACCACUUGAUGCUGCGCUGGUGUACGACCGGCUGACAUAAGGCUGAACGUGUCACUUGGUCUGCCAUUUCUGUGCCUCACUUUAAUUCUGUGGCAGAACUCAUCACUGUACCCCACAGGUUUUUGUAGUUAACUGAGACCCUGCAUUUAUGAAAAAUGAGAGUCCACUUCCCAAUAAGCACAUCAGUGGAGCUAAAAAUGAAGCUUCUACUACAUUGAAUAUGUUAAUGUGAAACAUUUAUGUGGUUCUGUGUUUUUGAUGAUUACUUAUGUAUAUGAAGUAUUUGUAUUUUUGUCUGCAGUAAAUAUGGAAUUAUGGAUUCAUGAAUUUUGGAGGCCUGCGACGUGAUAAAUAAAAUAUUUUCACAUUCA